AAAAAAAAAAAAAAAAGAAAAGAAAUUUACUGUUUGUACUGUUAGAUUUCAGUUAAUUUUAAGUCUAAUUAAUUUGGCUUCUAAAGAAUUUUAAUUUCCUAUACAGAAGUGUACAUCUUUUUCCAUUCCAAGCAAAAUGCUUACUAUGAACUUAGCUGAAAACAACCAAAAAUCUGAUUUUUUUGGCAUUACCACCAAACUCUGAGUACUAGUAUCUUUUCUGCAGAUAUUUUAACCAUGGAAACUUAUUCUGCCUCAAUAUCACCUGUUAUUUGUAACAGCACAACUUUUAACCUAAACGGAUCACAUUUGUGUAAUGAAAGCAUAUCUUCCAGAUUAGCUGAUAAAUCAGAACACCAACAAUAUGUUAUUGGUCUUUUCUUAUCAUGUCUUUACACAAUAUUUCUCUUUCCUAUUGGUUUUGUAGGAAACAUUCUGAUACUGGUUGUCAACAUAAGCUUUCGUGAAAAAAUGACUAUUCCAGACCUUUACUUCAUAAAUCUUGCAGUAGCUGAUCUCAUUUUAGUUGCUGAUUCUCUCAUUGAGGUUUUUAAUCUUGAUGAAAAGUAUUAUGAUAUCACCAUUAUUUGUACCUUUAUGUCUUUGUUCCUUCAGAUCAACAUGUAUAGCAGCAUUUUCUUUCUGACAUGGAUGAGUUUUGACAGAUACAUAGCACUGGCAAAAGUAAUGAGGUCCAACUUAUUUCGCACUAUGCAACACGCUAGAUUAAGCUGUGGUCUCAUAUGGAUGGCAUCUAUUUCUGCAGCACUAGUUCCAUUUACAGCUGUGCAUUUACAACACACCGGAGAGGUCUAUUUUUGUUUUGCAGAUGUAAAAGAAAUCCAGUGGCUAGAAAUAACCUUGGGGUUUAUUAUCCCCUUUGUGAUCAUUGGUCUUUGUUACUCAUUAAUUGUUCGAGUUCUUAUAAAAGCACACAAGCAUAGGAGUCUCCGUCUGCGGCGACAAAAGGCUCUUCGAAUGAUUUUUGUUGUUGUCUUGGUUUUCUUUAUCUGCUGGCUACCUGAAAACGUCUUCAUUAGUGUUCAACUUCUUCAAAAGAAAAGCGAGCCUGUGUCUUCAAGCAGCCCAUCAUUCAGACACGAUUAUCCUUUAACAGGACAUAUUGUGAACCUAGCAGCUUUUUCUAAUAGCUGUUUGAACCCCUUAAUUUACAGUUUUCUAGGGGAAACCUUCAGAGACAAACUGCGACUGUAUAUUGAACAGAAAACAAAAAUGUCCACGAUACAUCGCUUUUGUCAGGCUGCCUUGACGUCUGUCAUUCCUGACAGUAAUGAGCAAUCAGAAGUCUGAUUUAGUAGUGGUUGUGUAAAACAUAUGACUGUGAAGUUGUGCAAAUAGUGAACAAAACGCUUGCUACUAACAGAAAAAAGUGCGUUUGUGUGUUUAUAUAUAUAGUAUUGCUCUACUGAGUAUGGAAGGUUUAUAUUCAAAAUGUUUUUAUGACAAGACUUUAAUGUAGAAGAAUAUGUUUUAGUCAGAUUUAUAUUUAAUUAUGAACAGGAUUAUUAAAAGCUGAGCACUGAAGGAGCUUUAUUUUGUAUUAUACAUCCAUGAAUGACAAUAUAGAAGAAAAUUUUAUCAAGUUAGGAAGACUCUAGAUGUAACCUGAUUAUCAGAGACGCUACUUUGCUGGUGUAUAUAAGGUACUUCCACUGAAAUAAUGAAGCUGUCAUAAGAGUGGGGAAAAAUCAUUACAAUGUAUUGAUGUGGAGAUGCAGAAAACAUUGAUUUUUUUUCAUCCAAAUAUGUUAAGUAAAUGACUUUGCUUAGAAGAACUACAUAGUACUAUCAUCACUGUAUUCUAGCAUGUCUUCCACGAUUAACUUUUUUUUAAUCUUAAUAUCAUCUAGCACAGUGGUGAGUUUUUGUCACUGUUUACAUCAGCACUUCAUCAAAACUGAAAUCAUCUGUAACUAUAUUGUUCAUCUCAAACAACUUCACAGAAGCAAAAUGUAAGGCUUCAUUCUGCCUUUUAAGGAUUCCCCAAGACAAUCUUUCCCAGGACAGACAUAAUCGGUCCUUUUGUCAAAAAUACCAGUACACGCGUACAUACAUUCAUGUCUGCCUUCAGAUUUAAGUGCAAGUUGCAUGAGAUGUCUUUACGAUUAGCUGGCCUAUUUUGAUUGCCAGAACAAAAUGCUGUGGCUUUAAAAAAAGUCACAUUCUGCAAAAGAGUAUAAAAAUCACUUAUGAAACCAGAAGCUUCAGUUUUUAGAAAGGAAGAGCUUAGGUAAUGAGGAGUGUGAUGAGGUAUUAUCAGAUCUGCACUUUGUGCACAGUCUUCCCCACCUCCAGAAACCACUGGCCUUUCAAGAUGUUAAGAUGCAUGUUGGUUGCGUUGUUCAUUUGAAGAUUAAUUAUACUAAGAAAACAAAUGUUAGCACCAGGUACUUGAAAACAAUGGUUUUAAAUCUGAUGGAUGCUUAGUACAGGUUACUGCUGAACUUGUAUAGAGGAAGCUAUAAAGUUCCUAGAGAUUAGUGUGCGAGAUCAUUAAAACAUCACUUGCUGCAUCGCUGAAGUGAACAAACUAAUUUCACCUCUGUGCUCACUGACUUAAGAACCAGAACUCCGCAGAAUAAGAUGCUCUGUCCUAUUUUCAAAUGUCAUAUAUGAACUAAUUAGCACAUGAACAGAUUUUAAAGGAUUUUUUCAAAAAGUAGACACUUAAAACAAUGACUAAAGUUACUAAGCAAUAAAGAAAGCAGUGAAAACAAUGAUUCCAGUCAUAUUUCUCAUGAAAUAUUUAGAGUUUCCUAGUGGAAGCUUUGGCCACAAAAGACUUGACCUAUAAACAGAAAGGCCACAAGGCGAUGGCUGAAUUUGAAAUAGAUAUUUAGAUAUUCCCGCAACUGAAACAGGAAUUACAGGGUGGAGUUUGUGACAACUGCUGAUUAUUUGCAAGUGACUGCUAAUCACAGUCUAAGGAAAAAUGUCAUUUAGUCACAUCUUCCCUGUAGAACACCAAAUAAUACAUCUUCUCUCAAGAAACAUGCAAGCAUUGCCAUGGCUUCUCUGCAUAGAACGAGUUGCUAAACAACACUUAGCUAGCAAGAAAUCUCACACUAUUGUGCUACAUCAUGCAUAGCCCUUUUCCCUCAUUAGUUUCACCUUUGGAAUUAGCCACAAUUACUCAUAUCCUAUUGACUGCCAAUGUACAUUAAUCACACCUUGAAAGACAGCUAUGUCAGACAACACAGAACUGAAGAAUGGAUAAUUCUCUUGGCAAUGCAAUUCUGUGAAUUAAGACACUACUUCUGAGAUUACAGAUAUAUUAGGUUUGUGUGAUCUUGAUGCUUGUCAUGAAUAAAUAACUAACUAGGGGUUACAGGAAUGCACUUUUCCAAUUGUAGUUGUUGCUUAUUUUGUUUUUAUAGGCGUAAACUCCUUUCCCCCCCUCCUCCCUUCCAACAUAGGAAUCUGGGUUUUGAUCAAGGCUAUGGUAGAAGCCCUUUCAUCACCACUGUAGAUUACAAAUCCAGAAAAUGUCUUUGCUCAGAAGCUUCUUAAAAUAAAUAGACAGUAAUAGCAAAUGCCUACUCAUACAUACUAUGAAAUAGUUUGUUUCUGCAUGAUUGUAUUCAGUGAUGUCCUGAUACCACAGUGAAAUCUAGGAAAGAUCAGAUUACUACAGUACGAAGAAAACAGUAUUUACUCAACCUGAAACAACCUAUUGCAUAUUUAAAACCAAAUUACAAAUCUAAGCUAACUGAUGAGAUUCCUACUGUUAAUAUUUUGGUACAGGCUUAUGAACUGUGCCUGAAAUUACUAAAUUUAAACAUACCACUAACUUUUUAUUUCAAGUACUCUCCUAGGUGAAAAAAUAACACACUUCUUCCAAAAACCUUUUUUUUAACAGCAAGUAUGUACAAAGUAAUCUUUACAGAAGUGCCAUACAACUUUUAUGUAUUUUUAUAUAUAUACACAUAACAUGCUUUCUGCAGCCUAUCAUCCUGCAAUAACUCAUUACCAUGGCUUAUCCAUGAACCAAAGACGACCUGUGUUUUAUGUAGUUUUCUUUAAAAUUGAAGUGCAUGAUCAUCCGAAAACAAAAC